UUCUGGUCUUCUUCCGCGGUUUAGAGAUGUCCCGUUUAAUGUCACGAAUUUUAUGGUGCGAUGAGUUUGUUUUAUUAUUAUUACAUGAAAAUUUCCACGAAUAGCCAGCGACCGUCAGCGAGUCCUCGAGUGUCGCCCGAGACGUCGUAUCGUAUAGAAUGCAGGAGCAAUCUCUGCACAGCAUUAUCUAAGCCAUGGACCGUUACCCCCACCGACCUAAAUGCACGCCGUAUAAAUGGUCAGAACAGCUUCUAACCACUGUCAGUGAGCGUGUGCUAAUCUCGGCUUUCUGCAACGUGCAUCAUCCUGCAUCAUUCGGUGAAAAGAGUGCGCGGUAUCAUGCGAUAAUCCUCCGUAUAACGUCACUUAUGAUUUCUUUUGAGUAAUUACGAAAUUCUCUCUCGAUGCGGUGCAUUUCGAUGAUUCGUGUAGUUGAUGUAAUCCUCACGAUUGACAAUGACUAUACAAGAAUUCGAAACGAGACAGGUGACCAUCGCCACGGUCUGCAAUGAAAUAUAAACCGGUUGAUCGAAACUAACAAAAUUCUAAAUCAACAGUGCAAAGUUGAAAUCAACCUAAAUCAUGAAGUGCGGAUAUUUCGGGGCCAUCGAGUGGUUUUGCAAUGUUGGAUGUCCAAGGGUGGCCCAUGUACCGUGUUGGAUGUUUAUCUUGUUAAUUAUAUGUUCUCGACGGACUCACUCGUUGACUUUUGAUAAUACGACGGAUCUUUUUGUCCAAAAAUGUCAAGGAGAAUGCCACUUAAAGAAAGAUUUUGCAACUUGUGGCAAAUAUAAAGUCGUCAAGUGGCUAAACACAGUAGUGAGAGAAAAGGAAUUUAGUUAUGGGCCAUUUCGAAUAAUAAGGAUACCAUCGAUUUACAAGCAAUCCUUUUUGCCCUAUUUGCCACGUUCUCGAGCAUUUAAGAGCGGCAUAACCGAAGCUCUAAACUUCGUUAGAGAUAGCAUAGAGGAUUUAUUGACAAAUCGUGCCAUUGUAUAUACGGUAGACAACUCGGCAGUUGCCAGAGAUUUUUCCUCGAGUCUGAUGUUUGUGGAUGACGAUGAACUUGAGCAGCUGAAGGAUAACAAAGAGCAGGAAGGCAAUUGGCGAAUUUUCAAAAAGAAGAAGUCUAUAAUCCUCCCGGUUCUUAUAUUAUUAAAUUUACUAAAGCUGAAGCUACUGCUAUUACCAAUUUUCCUAGGAGUUCAUUUUAUCAAGAAGCUUCUCGUACUUGGCUCAUUAAUUUUACCAUCGGUAUUCGCGCAUUUGAAGAUUUGCAAAGUGCCACACUCUCAUUCGCAUCAGUCGCAACCUUUCCAACUGUGGUCCACUGCAGCGGACACAACAGUAGAUUAUCCAACAGGAUACGGACAGGAUGACAGUAAUUGGCACAGAAACGAUUACCAGUUAGGGUAUCCGAGUUAUCAGAUACUUCGCAAUCCCUACGGGUGAAAAUGUUGCAGAUUGCUCUCACGGCCAUCAACGACAAUUUCAUAUUUGUUAUCUUCCGAAGGCGAGCUGUAAAUAUGAGUCAAUUAUAUUGAGAGGCACGCGAAAUAACACUUUGACGAGUAGUGCAAUCGUGAUUAAUCUAAUUGUGAUCCGCGUAAUUUCAGUAAUCGUGUAAUUCCCUGUAAAAUUGCCCGUGGCAAUUACGAUGUAUCGAUACGCGCUGAAUGAACGUCGCCAAACACUAUCUCUCGGCUACGCUCGUUCUAGCAAGGAACAUUCACGAAAUAACUUUCACGUAGCUUACCGUUAUUUGCGGAACGUGUCGAUAUAUUUUAACCUUAGCAGCUUGCGGACUUUGAGAAAAGGGUACGGUGUUAAGGAUACAUCCGGCUUUUCCUUAAAAUUCGCAUUGAACAAACAGGAAUGCAUGAAAUACCUGUCCCCUUAAAAUUUUUUUAGAAUAUCAAUUUGUACAACUUUCUAUCUUCCAUCUUUCCUGCUUUAGAUUAUUUAUUGCCACUUUUACAUUAAGAUGAUGUCGCAGGCAUGUUCGUCGCUCGUCGACUCUGAUUUAUUUCAAACUCGACGACAUUAAUGACGGACAUUAUGAUUUCUGUUAAAGACUGGAAUUUUUUCUAGAGAAUUAUUUGUACAACUUAAAAAAUGCAUGAAAAUGCAGUUAGACUAUUUUAUUAUCAGCACUAUCGAAUUAGAAGUAUUUAUGCUAAAGUAAUCAAAUUAUAGCGGCAUGUGAAAUAGAGCUAGUCCCAGGUAAUUCAAGCCUAGUAAUCUUCGCUUGUUUUCUAAAUGCGACACGCGAUUACAUCGAUGUAGUGCAAAGUGAUUGAUUUUAGAUAGCAAGACGGCGCGCUGGUGCUGCGUUUAUCGCAGACUACCUUUCUCAAAUUUCAAAGUGAAAUUCGGAAAGAACCAUACCGGGGCAGGGGAAUCAUUCGUGGUCAAGGUCACUCGACCGAGCACGAUGGCCCCUCUACUGACCUACUGACAGAUUUGGACAAGCGCCCGGUUUCUGGCUCACAAACGCCUUCGCAAGCCAACUCGUGUGUCGCUGUUAUGCGUCAGUGCGUCUACCUUGACCGACGUGUCCGUGUGUAUAUGUGUAUACACACGUGUGACCCACGUACGAGCCGAUCGAAGACCGUUAUCGGCUCGCGGACAGUGCACGGCGAGAGGCCAGUCAUCGUGCUUGUCGUCGACACAUAUUUGGCCCCGGAUGACGAUUACAACUGGUGAAUUUUGCUCUCACCCUUUCCUUUCUUCGAUACGCUUUUCCCGACCCGCAACGUGCUCAUCGAUAGAAUUAAUCCCAGUUUCCCGGCGUGCGUUUUCCAUCCUAGAUUUCCCUAACGCGCGCCUCUCAAUCCCGCCACUCUGACUCUCAGACCGAGCUUCUUACUUCAUAAAGAAUUAAUUUUCCACAUUGUUGCGAUUUUUAAUAUUGUCUGCUACAGGACUAGAUAUAUUGUCCGUCGUAAGAGAAUUAUUAUAGAAUAAAAAAAACACACGAGACGUGUGCGAGGGUCGUCCAGCGCUCUGAUGGCGAGCGAUAAAGUGACAACAGUACUUUGGGCGCCUGCGACACAAUAGGAAACGCGAAUCGGAAGCGAUACAUCGCGCAUCGCCACAGGAUAGGCGAUCGAUACGCGGCGUGCACUCGUCCGCGGCAACUCGACCGUUACGUUCUUACGUUAUACGUGAACGAAAAAGUCGCAUUAAUGUAACGGACCAUCGUCCAUGUCACGGCGUUCGACUUGCGUAUCUGUAUCUACGUCGAACGUAUUUCCUGUACAUUGUACGAUUUAUACAUGCUUGAUUCGUGCGCGCGUAUCACGUAGAUGAUUCUGAGUGGUGUGCGUUAAACGCCGGAGAUGCCUCUCGGGACGUCACAUGUGGAGUUCACGGAAAGCGGAAAGCACAGCCACGCGAACAAUUGAAGGUCCAACUUGAGCAACGGUCCCUCCUUUAUUUAAAAUAAAAAUUGUCGCGGAAGUCAAUCAAGUUUACGUAUGACAAACGACUGGCAACCUCUGAGAAAAAAUAUUUAGAUAGAACUUUAAUUUUAUGGAUAAGAAACACUGUCUUUUAACACUUCUUGCGGCUCUCAUGUUACACGGAUGAACAAUUUUUCAAGAUAAGAGUAAACGGCGAAAACAUUCUGUUUGAUGUCUACAGUCGAGAUUUUAAUUCUUUGAAAUUUCUCGCCAUUUAUUGGAAGCGAGUUGCGUGUGUGUGUGUGUGUGCGCGCGCGUAUGACUACAUAGUUAUAAGGAAAAUAAAAUUGUAGAAUAUUUAAAUAGUUAAUGUAUCCCCUUACCUUUCCUUAGUUGAAAUGCAAUAUUCGAGAGACUUUUUCACACUUUGUUUCGUCAAGCAAUCGAUAACAGAUAUUGUAAUAUCACAUUACAUUUGUUACAUACUUGACACGUUAAUAUAAAAAUAUUUGUAAGAAUGUAACUUUCUUGUAAAUUAUUUUCAUGCGCU